AUGGUUGGUUGUCAGUGCGUGACGGCUCAAACCAGUCAGUGGCGUAUUGCUCUGAAGACGCAGUCAAAUGUGGCAGUGACAAGACAGCUCAGUCCCAAUACUGACCAUUCAAAAUCUAGUGCUACAAGCAUUGGCUUGGCAUUCUAUGCAUUAAAGCUACGCGCUAAGAUUGCAUCCAUUGCACUUGAUAAAAAGACAACCACGAAUGUCAUUAAGACCACCAAGAUCUUACGCGACAGCCAUAGCAACAGACUUUGGAACGCCGAGGAGCUCCUUGCACAACGACGUAGCAUCUUUUCACCAAAUUUUGAUAUUGAGCGUCGUGUGUCCCGUGAGGUUCUGACCAAGAUGCUGGAAGGUGCCAACUGGGCGCCCACACAUGGCCGUACUGAGCCCUGGCGCUUCGUGGUGUUUGAAGCCCCUGACAAACGCCUGGAGCUUAACCAGCUCAUGGCAAAAGGGUACAAGAACACGGUCCCUCCCAACGAGUUCAUUGAGACUUAA